AUGGUACUACAAGCUCCUUAAGAUAUGAUGGUGCAUCACCAAUCAAGGCUUUGUACGUUAAGAGAAGAAUUUUAAAAGUGAUUCUUGAUUUUACUGGGAGCCAGUGCAGAGCAGCUAGUGCAGGAGUGAUGUGAUCUCUUUUCUUAGUUUUAGUGAGAACACGAGCUGCAGCAUUCUGGAUCAACUGGAGGGACCUAAGAGACUUAUUAGAGCAGCCUGAUAAUAAGGAGUUGCAGUAAUCCAGUCUCGAAGUAACGAACGCGUGAACCAAUUUUUCUGCAUCUUUUUGAGACAAGAUGUGCCUGAUUUUUGAAAUAUUACGUAGAUGAAAGAAUGCAGUCCUUGAGAUUUGCUUUACGUGGGAGUUAAAGGACAAGUCCCGAUCAAAGAUAACGCCAAUAUUCUUUACAGUGGUGUUGGAUGUCACACCUAUAAGAAAACACAAACCAGCUCCACAUGAAAAAUAAAUAUGCAAUCAUUUAGCAUUUUAAGGAUGUAUAUAUGCACAGAGUGACACAUUCAAGUAUAAUAUUAUCAAGAUGUUUUCCCGAAAUGCAAAUAUGUGUGAGGGGUGUUUUGCCGAUUACGUAUUUUGUGCAAUCUUUAGGGACAAUUGCGCGGAUUUAAACUUUACGCACCGACUGGACCUCUCGUCAAGUCAGUCGAAAGAGAAUAGAGCACUUCCGGUUACGUAUUACAAAAUAAAAUCUCGGUCGAGAAUCUAAUAAUCACAUCUCCUGAUAUCGAUAUUUGGAAUUUAGCCUGUCUGCUUCAGUCAAGUGGAAUAUUCCAGCCUGGAGAUACUCAAAUAAAAUUUGAAAUGCAGGAAUAUGACUGAAUUAUGCAGCACGGCCACUGCGGGUGUGUCAUUAUUAAUGGUGCACGGUUGGUGUUGCAGCUCAUUAAACCACUUACAAUGCAUCAAAGUUCUCAAACUGAUCAUUUGUCAACAUCUUAAUCCUACACAGAUCUGCUAAUUAUUGCUGUCAAAUACACGCAGUGGAGUAUAAGUACAACACCUCCCUCUGUUGGAGCAGAGCAGAAAUAUAAAGUACGGUACAAGUACCUCUAAUUAAGUACUUGAGUAAAUGGAGGCAGUGGCCUUCUGACAUCCGACUGCAUAUUAUAAUUAUGACCCGGAGAAUGUGCACCCUCCCAUCCUAAUGAAUGCUUAUUAAAAAUGAACUUCCGUGUUGGUUCUGACCCGCCUCGUGCCUUUAACCUUUAACCUGUAACUUGUGGCUGCUUUAAAUUACUCAGCUGAUGUCUCUCUCCUUUAUUCUGAGGCGCCACCCGUCCUGCUGUUUUAAUUUGAAGGCCACCUCCCCCUUGUUUUCCGGUCUUCUCCUCGCUAACUUGGGCAGCUGGACCGCCGCUGUCCGCGCGCACCCAUCCAGCCAGGAGCGCUCCCCGGUCCCCGGUCCCCGCCGCCACUUAGCCGAGGGAUGCGCACUUAAUCAACUUGUUCUCCAUUUCUUUUCCGUCGUCCUAAAAAGCCUCCCCCCUCUCCCCCCGUCCUCCGGCACAAUUCCCCCCCAGAACGGCUGCGCGGGUUUCCUGUCGUCCCAACGUCCGCGAGCCGCGCGGAGGAGGUGGUCGGUGUUCCUGCGGUGACCGUCGUCGCGAUGCUUCUGCUGGCUCUGGCAGUCGCCGUCCCGCUGCUGCUCCUCCGUACCCCGGAGACCUCCGCGCACUACUACGAGAUGAUGGGCACCUGUCGGAUGGUGUGCGACCCGUACACUCCGAAACCGGGGGGCGCCACCGCCCAGAACGUGAACGGCGUGAACGCGCCGCAGCCGCCGAUGGCGCAAGGGAGCCGCGGGGAGACGGGGCGACCCGGUAAACCCGGAUUAAGGGGCCUGCCGGGAGAGCCGGGAUCCCCGGGUCCGAGGGGGCCACCGGGGCAGCGCGGCGACGCCAAGCUCGCCUUCCCCGCGGUGACCGGACCCACCGGACCCGACAACGGCGGGACGGACGGCGCGAACUCCACCGGCACCGGCACCAGCUUCCGGAUCGCGUUCUACGUCGGCCUGAAGAACCCGCACGAGGGCUACGAGGUGCUGAAGUUCGACGACGUGAUUACGAACUUGGGGGACCACUACGACGCGAGCACCGGGAAGUUCACCUGCCAUGUGUCCGGGAUCUACUUCUUCACCUACCACGUGUUGAUGCGCGGAGGGGACGGGACCAGCAUGUGGGCCGACCUGUGCAAGAACGGACAGGUACGGGCCAGCGCCAUCGCCCAGGACGCCGACCAGAACUACGACUACGCCAGCAACAGCGCCGUGCUGCACCUGGACUCCGGGGACGAGAUCUACGUGAAACUGGACGGCGGCAAGGCGCACGGGGGCAACAACAACAAGUACAGCACCUUCUCCGGCUUCAUCCUGUACCCCGACUAGACGGCUUCAUCCUGUACCCCGGCGCCGAGAACUGUUCCCAUCACAAGUCCAAAUUGUGUUUUGUCCCGGUUUGAAGGCACACGGGCGUAUUAUCUACAACCGUAUACAUGUUCUUGUUCAUCUAGCGAGAGACCUUCAUGUGUGUGUGUGUGUGUGUUUGAUUUUGACUCAAUUUUAACUGCUCUGCGAUCACCAGGCUACCGAUCCUCCUCGUGCAGACCCGCAGUACCACCCCGAACGCGCUCUGAGCGGCGGAGGCAUCGCUCUUAAGUUCUUUUGACAUAUUUCCAAAAUGGAGCGUAGCCCCCGAGCUGUGUGUAUUAAUGGCACCUCAUAUUUCAGGCUCCAAUGAAAACAGUUAGAGGUAGUCAAGAAAUCAAGAGAUGUAGCAUCAGAUCAGAUGUUCUGAGGCCCGGUCACACUGGUAUUUAACGCCAUUCGUGCCAACUCAUCCCGUUCUUUAGUGGUAAUACGACACGCUGGUUUUUCAACUCGUUGGUGAACUUUGUCACACAGAACCACAGGCCGAGAGUCCAAAAUGGAGGGAAGGGUUCGUCGCGUCCACUUUUGUUUAACGCCUGUUUCGCUAAAGAGACGUGUUGAGACAUUUAAAUAAACAGCGAACUCCGCCAGCAAGCAUGUCGCUGUCAAUUGGUAAGUGUGCCAUCUUAAAACCUCGGCUAUCCAAUGAAGGUGGGGCAUGGGGCAAGACACACACUCAGAAAGCUACACGGUGGACCAGCUGGAUAGCAUGUUCUCACCUGGCGAGCAUGUUCGCCGUUAGCUCGCCGGUAGUUCCCGACGUCAUCGAGCUUCUGCAACCAAAUCUUUGCGCGCCGCUUUCUGGCGCGACCGAACCUUCGAAUGCUCCCUAAAAUACGGACACGUGAAUUUCCGCCAUGUUAUUUUAAAAAAAAAGUGUUAUCUGGCCACAAGUAAGCACAUCAUCAGCAGAGAUGGCAAAGUGGGAGCAACGACUCGACAACAACUGGACGAGCCGGACCGGUUUCAGAGGACACGUCGGCUGAAGUUGUCCGAUGAGGUCAUCGCGACACAUAAACGCUUUUUGACGAGCUGCCAUGAAUCUGUAGGUCGUCUCGAUCGGCGCCGUCUCGAGUCGCGUUCGGUGUUUUCACUAAAUAACAAAGUAACCACACAUGAAGGAUGCACAUUGGGAUGUAUUUUGUUGUCAUGUAUAUGCAAAUAAAUAUUGUUUGACAAAAGGUUGCCUUGGUGUGGACGUCUC